ACCCGGUACUUUCGUUCGUACAAACCACCUCGCAAGGCCCAGGUUAAAGAAAUACAUCACCCUAAUCAAACUGCAACCGUGAAAGUUAUUACACCAGAUGGCGUCACUUUAGUAGAAAAUGUUGACCGCUGUGCCACCUCACGAGAAGACAUUCAGUUACCGCCACCGCCGCCGGAAAUCCCCCCUCGGCGGGUCAAUAAACAGCCAUCUCCACCUAACCAGCGACCGUCUAGGCCCCCACCACCCCCACCCCCACAAGAAACAGCUAGUAAAACAGAGCAUGAUAUAGAAGACGUGGAGUUGAGGCGUCUCCACGAAGAAAUAGUUUGCCGAACCACAUCCACUAAUGUCCAGAACGAAACCGUGUAUAAAACCUCCGUUAUAGAAGAGGGUGCCUCCGCAUGCUCCAGUCCCGAUCUUCCUCUACCACCCCCUCCAGCGACGACAGAUACAGAAGUACAUCUCACCGAUGAGCCUCUUCCUCCACCCCCUGAUCCGCAAGAAGUGGAUCUGUCCACUGCUAGACAGAUGCCACAAACCUUAGGUGUUUAUCCCAAGAACUCGUACAUGUCGUAUAGAAGCGAGCGAAAGUUGGGAAGGCAAGUAUUUGAUGGUAAGUACUGGAGAUCAUCUUUGAAUACUGGAUCACGUGACUCCAUCUCUACAACCCCGCAAGAUAGUCAGAGUCGAGUGUCUCCUGCCUCUUGGGAGAAGCUUCACAACAUUAGGAGACAAGGUACCACACUCAUUUUCCACUCCAACUCCAUGCGAGGUCGCACUUCGUCGGACAGUAAGUCAAAUCUCGACCGGGGAGUUGGAGCUAUUAAGUCCAAUCCGGAGCACAAGUCUCCUAUGGUUCCAGCUCCAACCUCUCAGACGAUAGAUACCAUUGCUCCAACAAGUGUGUGUAAUCAGCUGGUGACCUCGGAUCCCAUCAACCGCGUGUCGUCCAUUUGUGUAUCAGUUGGACAAGAUCCUCAGCGUGGAUCUCCUAGUCAUAAUCCAUCUCAUACAGAAAAAAUAUCCUCUUUCCUCUCUCUGGAAGAUGACCAGAAAGUCGACUCCUCAGUUACCAGUCUCUGUCCUUCUCUAUAUUCUUCAGAGGUGUCGGUUCACUAUCCUCAACUUCUAGAAGUAGAGAAACAACUUAACCCUAAUGUGAACGGGCAGCUCGAUGAAGAACUACCCACCACACAUAACAUAACCCGUACCGAAGCAAUAAAAAGAAAUGAAGCGUUGUCGGAAGAUAGGUCAAGCGAGGUAAACCCAGUGCAGCAAAUUCUUACUGACCAGCAUCGUGGUCUGCAACCAAACAGUUUGGUCGGCAACGGUGGACAAAUACCAGUCAGUACAAUAAACUGUGCGACCCAGACUACGGACACUCCGAGACUUGGGCGAAGAUACAAGACGAAGGAGGAGAUAGAGUGUGAACGACUCUCUAAAGAUUUCGUCAACCACUGUGACGACACCAUGCUUAUACAUCUACUAGUGCCAGCACCAAACCACAAGACUAUGUCCGACUACAUGGACGGACUGUUUAACUUAGAGUUGGAGAAAGGUGGACAGCCUGUUCACAGGAAUCGAUCCUCAAUCCGAGCUGAAGCUGUCAAGUUGGCCAGCAUCUCUGACACGCCAAUCAAUUCGGAAAACAGGAAAGAAAAUGAACUACCUCCAAACAGUGCCUAUUACACAACAUCAGAACCCAAAGCUAAGCUCUUGACACGGUACAGCCAAGACAUGGACCAACAGGACUGGGCUUCAGAAAAUGAACUAAGCAGUAAAAAGGAAGAACUAAUUGCUAGUAUCGACAGGAAAUUGAAACUCCUGCGCCUGGAGCAGGUUUCACUUCGAGAGGAGAUGGUCCAGAACGAGGCUCUUGGACAGGAAGUGACGUCACGAGUAGAACAGCUAGCUAAACCUAACGAAAUCGAGAAAUAUCGACUACACGUAGAAGAAAUGGAGAAAAUUAUUAACUUGUUGCUGUCCUUGUCAGGGAGGCUUGCACGUGCUCAAAACGCCCUCAUGUGUCUACUUACCGACGUUGGCGAUGAAGAAAAGCGAGUUCUUCAAGCAAAAUGUGACAAACUGAGUGAACAGCACGAAGAAGCUCGGCGACUGAAAGAAAGUAUUGAUAAACGCAGCCACCAGGUGUCACUGUUUCUUCAUCGCUAUUUGUCCAGCGAGGAGUACGCCGACUACGAUCACUUUAUUAAAAUGAAGUCCAAGUUGCUUAUGGAUGCGCGGGAGAUUGAUGAGAAGAUCAAACUUGGCGAAGAACAGUUGGCAGCCUUACGUAACAACGUGAACUUUCAAAUCUGGAAACAAGUCCACACAAAGUCCCAAGGAUCGCUCGGGACCUGAUUUAGGCCACCACGUGUAAUAAAAGUUGUAUAGAACUGGGUUCAAACUGUAUUUGUCUUCGAUUCUGCGAGAUAAUGUACACCAAGAAUUUGAAUAUUUCCUGGACAAAAUUGAGUUGUUGCUUUCGUCAGUGUGUUUUUUGUUGUUUUUUUACGUUCCACUCAAGUUUUCACGGAAAACAGAAACGUGUAUGCAGUAGGUGAGAAAAAAUAUAUAAUUUUUUAAAGAUUAACUCACAGAGUUAAAUUUUUUUGGUUGUAAUACCGUAGAAAAUACAGUAAAAGUAAAGUCCAUGUUAGACUUCAGUCGCUUUAAAAGAAAAAAGAAACCACAUUUCCUUUGUUAACUAUUAAUUUAUUCAUCUUUUUUUUUUUUCACUCAUUUUUUGAGUAUCAUCGUCAUCAGUCAUUUUAUGUGAAUUGCGUGACGUGUCCACAUGGUUAUUAUAAUCCUACUUCACUUUAUUGGAGAGUGAAGCAAGAGAACCAGUUUUGUUUUUCAUCUAAUUUCCUUUUCUUGUUUUACUUCCAGUUCCAUAAAAAUUUGAGGAAUUUCAAGUGGAAAUAAAGGAAAACGGAAAAAAAAAUUAUGUUAAUAUAAAAAUAAGACAUUUAGUGCGGUCUCUCGUGGGUUCUCAUGACUAUCAGUAUUUUUGUAGACUUAUCAAGCUUCACGUGCCGUUGAAGGCACGUCACGUGAUCACGCUAAGUUUCGACUAAAGGUUAUGUACGUUUGUUUAGAAACUUUUAAGAGAAAUGAAAGGAGAGAGAUUGUGCCACGUGUUAUGUGGUAUGUACAUAAAAGCAACCCUCUGGGGUAACGACGAUGUGUGAUAUACAUAUAUACUUGUAGGCAUAAAUAAAAUAUUGAAAACGUUA